AGGUGAAGCUGCGCAGCCGGGUGCCGUCGUGCGCAGCGUGUGGCGAGCACAGCAGCAUGACGCCUGACAGCAUCCAGGAGUUUGACUACGAGGCAUUCACCGCCUCGCCCUUCCACGACCAGUUAGCAGCAGCAGCAGUCGCACCAUGGCCACAGAACCACUUGUCGUUGACAUCUUUACUAUCGACGUCCUCGAGCUCAUUGACGACGCCAUUGGGCAGCCUUUUUGGCAACAUGAGCAUGCUGGAGGAGAGUGUAUUCCGCCAAGCGCCUUGCUGAUUGCUGCUCUCCUCUUCCCGACUCCCUCAUCGUCUGUCGCCUCCUCGACGGCCUCAUGCCAAUGUACGACUCCCGUUGAGUCGCAUUCAAUGAAGUCCACGCCAACUU